AUAAAGAACAACAAAAAGAGAAAAAAAAAUAAAAAUGAAAAUCCCAUUUUUAAACAAGAGUUUUUCAUCAUCAUGUUAUUCAGUUUCAGAUUCAUCAUCAUGGGGAUGGCCUUCUUGUCACCAAAACCCUAGAACACAAUCUUUCAGAGUCAACACCAUCGCAAUUAACCCUACUGAUGACUUCGAAGACGAAGAAGAGGAGGACGCAGAAGAAGAAGAGGAGGACGAAGAGGGAAAUGGAGAUGAGGAGGAAAAUGGUGAAGAGGAGGACGAAGAGAAGGAAAAGCCGCUUUCUCCCAUUAUCUCCUUCUCCUCAUCUUCCUCCAUCUCAUCCACCACUGAUGCCAUUGAAGAGCUUCCGGAGACCGAUUCCAUAGAGAAUGUGAUCAAAGGGAUACAAUCAUCACAAAGACUUAUCGUUGAACAUAAAGGAGAGUCAAACUCUAUUCUCGAACUCGAAGAGAUGAGGAAUAAAGAUUCAUUCUCUUGCCCUUGGAAUCCAUCGACACUUUCUCUAAUCUCAAGUGGUUCAUGGUGGAGGUGGUUGCGGUAUACUCGCUUCAUCGCGGCUACGUCCAAAUGUAUCGUCAAGACUCCUGAAUAGAUAAAUGAUAAAUAUACACGAUAAGCCGUGAGAGAAGAAGCUAAGUAAGCAUGCAUGCACUUGACGUUUGUCCUUGGUUAGAAGUGUAUACGAGUUAUAUACGUCUAGAGGGAUUGAUGCGGAACCAAGAGAUCUCUGUCCGAGCUUUCAUCUCUUAUGUUACAUGAUCAAAUCGUAUACUCGUGUGAGGUCUUCUUUCUUUGCUUUCCAUGCGUGACUCA